AUGGAGCCCUUUCGCGUACGCCUUAACUGCAUCGAUCACUACCAAGCGACCGUGUCGGAACUGGACCCUCCUUUGCCCUUUCGGGAUGGAGUCUCAGAGAAGGAUUACAGGCCCAGAGUGCCUGUGAUCCGAGUAUUUGGAGCGACCGAAACUGGACAACGUAUUUGUGUCCAUGUACACGGAGCAUUUCCAUACCUGUACAUCGAAUACAAUGGGUCGCUGGCGCCCGAAGCUGUAAGCUCAUCAAUACGUACUCUCCACCUUUCGAUCGAUCACGCUCUGGCGGUUAGCUACCGCCGCAAUGCCUAUGAUAGGAAGACCGCAUAUGUAGCGCACAUUACCCUGGUUAAAGGGAUUCCAUUCUAUGGAUAUCAUGUCGGCUAUCGAACCUUUUUCAAGAUCUACCUGCUUAACCCAUUCUAUAUCACGCGCUUAGCAGACCUGCUACAUCAAGGAGCAGUGAUGAAACGACCACUUCAGCCGUACGAGAGCCACCUGCAGUAUGUCCCUCAAUGGAUGUGCGAUUACAAUUUGUAUGGGUGUGGGUAUAUGAACUGCAGCAAAGUCAAGUUCCGAGCACCGGUGCCCGAGUAUUUGGAACUCAACAAUCUCCAUCAUCGCUGGCACGACCGUUCCAUCAGCCCAGAAAGCAUCCUCGAUGACCCAGCUCUACAGAAACAGAGCCACUGCCCUUUGGAAGUCGACGUUUGCGUACAAGACAUACUGAACAGAUUUGAUAUCAAAGAACGUCCGUUGCAUCACGACUUCACAGAGUUUCUAAGGCCGGCUGCGAUCAACGAGCGCCUGGUUCCCAGUGUCGCCGGGCUUUGGCAGGAUGAGACGAAGAGACGCAAGAAACAGAUGGGGCUCACGGAUCCCGACUGUACCCCUUUUGGCCCCGAAGACCUGGUCUCCAUGUCGGCUGACCCACGAAAUCAAGCCAAGGGAGGCUGGGUUCACGAAGAGGAAUUUCGUGAACUGGUACUUCAAGUCGCGGCGGAUGAAAGAUCUGAAGAUAGCGGGAGAGAGACAACCUUUGAAUCGUUUCUGGGCCCCGAUUCCGAGAAGGCGGAUAUUAAAACAGCUUUAACCAGUGUCCAAGAUUUCUAUCCGGAUAGAUUGCACGAGUCGACUUUGAACGAUCGUCAUCAUGCACGGCAGGCUGUCGACGAAGUGAAGGGUGAAAUUUCUGUUGAUGAAGGCCUCGCAUUAUCUUCUCAGGCCGAUGAAAACUAUCCUUCAGAGCCGGAACUAGACCAGUCAAGGACUGAUGAGGAAGGAGAGGAGGAAUUCCAGGAUCAGCCACAUCCCUAUGAGAAUCCAGCCCUGGAGGAAAGCUUCUAUGACGGUAUUUUCGAUGAAUUUUCCGAGCCAAAUGAGGCCCAACCAGAGCACGGACAUCAGCCCAACGUGCCCUGUCUGCAUCCGAAUGAAACCUUUACCAAGGUACCCCCAUCUUUCGAAAUGGGCCUCAAAGCUGAUAUACAAGCGCAGCGCCAGCUUAAUGAGAAGGCAAAUGGUUCCAAACGCGCACAUAACGAAACCACCUAUGAUGAAGCAGCACCACUAGUCAAGAAGCCGAGGUUCUGGACAGAGCCAGACGAGAUCAAUGCGCAGGAAAAUGGCACAGAAGACGCCGAUGAUCUAGAGACCGCCAAAAGGGCUAAUUGCCCCAGCCAGAAUUUGGCGGCAUCACAAUCAUCCGAGUCGAGGUCAUCCUCAUCCCAGAAGACAAUUCGUCCAUCAAAGGCGACUGCGCAAGUGCAGAAUAGCAGACUAAAUUUCCCCGUCGUCAAGGAUCCAAAUGAUCCUAUGACAAUCCUACGCUUCAGCCAGGACGACGGGCAUUCUUCAUCAAAGAAAGACCAGGGCUGUCAGCCUAUGCCGAGCUCGUUUCCUUCCGGAUCGGCCACGAGUGCUACGCCGGGCGAUGCUAGCGGAUUGUCUUCCUCACUCCCCCGCUCAUCUUGCACGGUGGGAAGAUCCGUUAUUGCACUCGAUCCACACAUCGCUGCUCUCAAGUCAACAAUUCACGAUUCGUUUGAUUUCCAAAAAGACACUAUUUUAUGUCUUCCUAGAUUCCCUGGCCCCGGAACCAACGAAGCAGUCUCAACCAUGACCGAUUUUGGCCGCCCUUCCGUCGUUUAUCAGAAAGCAUAUUACAGUAAUGAGGCUGAUGUUCCGGAGAGACCGCGACAGUACGCUGGCCGAGAGUUUCGACUGGAAAGCGACACAAUGCACUUUCUUCCUGAAUUUGAUCCAUCAGGGAACAUACCUGCUAUGUUUGGCGAGCAGCAGCCUUCAACUCUCGUUGACCGAGAGAAACAAGAGAAAAUUGAUCAGCAACUGCGCGAAUCGUGUACCGCCAGAUUUUGGGAGUUUGCACCAGUGCCGCCCAGUCGUUCCGAGGUGGUCGACUGGUUUGAACAGAUUGAGGCGUCAUCACGCAAAGCCAGUGCCAACACCACCACCCCAGUCAAAUCUAAAUCUCGUCCCGUCAAGAAUGUGGAAGCUUUGUCACAGAUUGAAGGCCCGACACAACAGAACCCUUACGGCUUCAAGCACUCUCAGAAAGCGAAGAGCACUAGCGUGGAACAUCAGACCCAGUACAUGAGCACGAUGAGCUUGGAGGUCCAUGUGAACACUCGAGGGACGCUAUCGGCCAAUCCAGAUGAGGAUGAGAUAUCGUGCCUUUUCUGGUGUCUCCAAUCUGAGGAUGAGGACCUUGAGGUCAAUAGCCAUCUGCCAGGCGUUCAUGUUGGGAUGAUCUACCAAGGCGAGGGAGAUAGACCAGAAGCCAAGAUUUCGAAAGCUCUCAGGAUAGAGGUUGAGCAUGAACCCACCGAACUUGACCUGAUCAAUCGACUUGUUGACAUAGUUCGCUACCAUGACCCGGAUAUCAUCACGGGCUAUGAAGUUCAUAAUGGCUCCUGGGGAUACGUGAUUGAGCGAGCCCGGAAGAAAUAUGACUUUGAUCUAUGCGCGGAAUUAUCUCGAGUCAAGUCGCAGUCGAAGUCGAAAUUCGGCAAAGAGGAUGAUCGCUGGGGAUUUGAACAUGCCUCGUCGAUCCAAAUGACAGGCCGACAUAUGAUCAAUAUCUGGCGUGCAAUGAGAGGCGAGCUAAACCUCUUGCAGUAUACUAUGGAGAAUGUUGUUUUUCAUCUCCUGCAACGCCGAAUCCCCCACUACUCCGCCAAGGACCUCACGCAGUGGUACCAAAGUGGCAAGCCCCGAAACAUGCUCAAAGUUGUGGAGUAUUUCACGUCGCGAGUGCAAAUGAACCUGGAGAUCAUCGAGGCCAAUGAGUUAAUUCCCCGAACCAGCGAGCAGGCGCGAUUACUGGGAAUUGACUUCUACUCUGUCUUUGCCCGCGGAUCCCAAUUCAAGGUCGAGUCUUUGAUGUUCAGAAUUGCUAAGCCCGAGAACUUCUUGCUUGUCUCCCCAAGCAGGAAACAAGUUGGACAGCAAAAUGCCCUCGAGUGUUUGCCUCUGGUCAUGGAGCCGCAGAGCGACUUCUAUACAAGUCCUCUUCUGGUUCUCGACUUCCAGUCGCUCUACCCUAGCGUGAUGAUUGCGUAUAACUACUGCUACUCGACCUUUCUUGGCCGAGCUGUUCAGUGGCGUGGCAGGGAUAAAAUGGGGUUCCUAGACUACAAGCGCGAACCACGACUACUAGAGCUCCUGAAGGACAAAAUCAACAUCGCACCGAAUGGUAUGAUAUAUGCGAAGCAAGAAGUCCGCCAGUCACUGCUUGCCAAGAUGCUCACGGAAAUUCUUGAAACUCGUGUGAUGGUCAAGACUGGAAUGAAGGCCGACAAAGACGACAAGGUCUUGCAACGGCUGCUCAAUAAUCGACAGUUGGCUCUAAAGCUAAUUGCCAAUGUGACUUACGGAUACACAUCUGCAUCAUUCUCUGGUCGGAUGCCCUGCUCCGAGAUCGCAGACAGCAUCGUACAAUCUGGGCGAGAGACCUUGGAAAAAGCAAUUGCGUUCAUUCAUUCUGUCGAGAGAUGGGGGGCCGAGGUUGUCUACGGAGACACCGACAGUCUGUUUGUAUAUCUCAAGGGCCGCACACGAGAUCAGGCCUUUGACAUUGGCGAAGAGGUUGCACAAGCAGUGACGGACAUGAACCCGCGCCCCAUCAAACUCAAAUUCGAGAAAGUCUACCACCCCUGCGUUCUUCUAGCUAAAAAGCGUUAUGUCGGGUUCAAAUACGAACAUCGCAAACAAGCCGAGCCCGAGUUCGAUGCCAAAGGUAUCGAGACUGUGCGACGUGAUGGAACGCCUGCGGAGCAGAAAAUCGAAGAGAAGGCUCUCAAGCUUCUUUUCCGGACUGCAGACCUCAGUCAAGUGAAGUCUUACUUCCAACGACAAUGCAGCAAAAUUAUGCAGGGCCGUGUCUCAAUUCAAGAUUUUUGUUUCGCUCGGGAGGUCCGGCUGGGUACCUACAGUGAACGCGGCACUCUCCCCGCUGGGGCGAUGGUCAGUACCAAGCGCAUGUUGGAGGACCCUCGCCUCGAGCCGCAGUACGGUGAACGCGUCCCGUACGUAGUCGUUACAGGAGCACCUGGAUCGAGACUUAUCGACCGAUGUGUGGCGCCAGAGACACUUCUCCACGACGCUCAGCUUGACCUUGAUGCCGAAUACUACAUUACUAAGAACCUCAUCCCGCCUCUCGAGCGAAUAUUCAACCUUGUCGGUGCCAAUGUGCGGCAAUGGUAUGACGAAAUGCCCAAGGUGCAACGAAUUCGCCGAGUUGACGCAUCGUCAACUUCAGCCCUAUCUCGCUCGAAUCGGGAAUUUGCAAUUUCGAAGAAGACUCUGGAAUCUUACAUGCGAUCCUCUUCCUGCAUUAUCUGCCGAGCUAAGUUAUCAGAUGCCGCUGUACCUGUAUGCUCCGAAUGUUUGCAGCAGCCGCAUCUCGCUCUUCUCAAUGUGGCUUCUCAGCUGCAGCGGGCCGAAAAGCGCGUCCUCGACUUGGAGGCUGUGUGUCGGUCCUGUAUGGGUGUUGCACCGGGGGACACCAUUGCGUGCGAUAGCAUGGAUUGUCCUGUUUUCUACUCUAGAACUAGAGAUGCAGCUAGUUUGCGGCAUACAAAGGCAGUGUUAGAACCUGUGAUGGAACUACUGGAGAAGAAAGGCGAUGCAGGUUUGGAUUGGUGA